ACCCACGCCUGUGCCGUCUGUGGGCAGUCGUUUACGCGGAAGUGAGUCCAUCUGCGCCUGGUAUCCUAAGAUUGUUGGUCUGUGCAAGACCAAUCCAUGGUGACCAAGACAUACUGAUGAUCAACAAAAGUGACCUGCUCCGCCGGCAUGCCGCCCGCCAUGAGGCCGACGACAUUGCAGCAGCGGGCGGGCUGGCGGCCGUCAGAAAGACACGCGCCUGUGAUGCCUGUCGCGCCAACAAGACUCGCUGCUCUGGGAACGGCCCACAAUGCACUCUCUGCACCAAGCGAGGAGUGGAAUGCACCUUUCAGGAUGACGACAGGACAGGCACAAACACGGCGGUCCCUGGUGAUCCUCUGAAUCAGGGCACGACCCCUAGCAGUACCGUGUCAAUGACCGCCAGCACCGCAGGGUCCUUGGAGAACAGGCUGAACAACCUACCGCCAGCCCUGGUGGAAUUCUUGCACAGCUGCUCGGUGCAACCGAACCCGUCAAAGCCACACCCCGAGCCUGUAUCAUUUGGCAGGACAGGAGUCACACCGAGGCUACCGAGUCCACCUGCCUACAGUCCAGUCACAGAUUCCGGGAGCCUACUCGAUGCAGUCUACGAGCUGCUCAUCUCAUCAAACGGAAGCUCGUACCUAGGCAGCAACAUGGCCGCCUCGCCGAGGUUUGAGGCGUGGGUUACGAGCUGCGCCAAUUCGUACUUUGAGUGGUUCCAUCCGCGGUGGCCAGUCAUGCACGCCCCUUCCACUAGUAUGUCCAGUUCAUCCAUAUCGCUGGUCGCCAUUAUCCUCAUGGUCGGAUGCUGGUUCCAGGAUAAGCCGGAAGAUAAGCCAGCUGUUUGGCGGAUGUUCAAUCUGAUGAUGAAGAUUGGAUAUGAGAAGCUUCCGAUGUGCGCAUCUAAGGCGAAGACUGGCCCAUGGCCGCUGGAUAUAUUCCAAGGCAUGCUCAUACUCGUUGUGUUCGGCAUGUCAUGGGGGGACGAUGAGACCCUCGUACGGUCGAGUCAUCUGUGCUCACUUUUGGUUUCAGUUCUCCGUGGUACCGGCUUGUUCAGCAAGGACGAGAUGGAGUAUCAGAAGGAAAAGUACCAGCCCGGGACCUGGGCGCCCUUUGUGCUUGCACGAGACGAGCAUUGGAAGCAGCUCGCCAUGUCGCUCUACUUCGUCGACAACUACCUGUCAAUCAUACUCGGAACACCCCCUGCCAUUGAAGGCGAUGAGCUGUUUGAGCGGGUUGUUGCAUCUUAUGCGCUUUGGAAUGCCCAUCCAAUCCCGACACACACUGUGCGUAUGCGUGAGGAGCCUGCCGAGCGCAGCAUGGUCACCAUGGACGCCAUUGCCUGCGGAGAAGCUGGGCCAACGGCGUGGUCCCUGUUUGAGGACGCGCGACUGGCAUACUGCGGGCUGCAGCACACCAUCUGGAGGCACAACCAGCGCCGGCAGAGGCAGCGGCGGAAGAGUGCUGUCGUGGACGAGGUGGCGUCGCUUGUGCUGCGGGACGCGACGCUUAAGCACCUCGACGCCUGGGCGAUGCGUCUGAACCGUCUCAUUAUCGACUGUGCCGACCAAGCUGCGCAGAUGGGACACGGUGACCUGGAGGCAUUUCCGCUGGCAGCAUAUCGUGGGGGCGAGAAUCAUCCAGGCAAGGAGCGCUGGCGGGGGACACCACUGCAGCGGGCCAUGGCGCAAGGGUACGAAUGCGCGCUGCUCUAUCACCUGUUGUCAAUGCGCCUGUGCAUGCACCCUACGUUGUUCGGGGCGGGGGCUGGCUUGUGGCAGCCAUGGAGCCGGAUGGGUGCCGCCAUGACCAUGGACGGUGCGGAGGACGCAGAGCUGCAACGAUGGGCCAUGUCUGACGACGGCCGACGAGCCCUGUGGCACGCAAUGGCGGCGCUCAAGUUUGUGGAAAAAGAGGGGGUUCGGCACGGGUAUCCGCGAGCACAUCAGGGCCACCUCGAGGACGCGGCCGUGUCGAGCAGUGUGACAGUGGUAGGGCGGUGGAUGGUGAGCAACACCGAGACGGUGCCGUGCGACCCGCGGACGGGGGAGCAUCACGGAGUGCGGGUGGAAGACCCGUGGAAGCAGACGGAGAGCCCAGCACGGCUGAUGGACGAGGUCGAGACCUGCAUGUGCCAGCUGGAGCAGUGGCUGGCAGAGUGGCACGCAAAAGCGCUCAGGGCUCACGAUAGCGUCUCGUAAGGUAGGGCCUGAUAUGCGUCAGUGCCGACGUCUGUCAACAUUUGCAUCGCCGGUGUCAGGUGCACGCCUGAUGAGGAGACAGGACAAUGGCCAUGUGACGUAAUGCCCGCAAUUGUCUGAGACAUGACCAACCGCUGAGUAUGACAGGGCUCUCAGAAUCCGAUGCCAACUCUUAUCGUCG